UUUUAUUAUUUUUAAAGAUUUUUUACAUUCGUAUGCAUUAAUAUGCAUGUUAUCCAUGCACUGGAUUGAAGCAUAGCGAAAGUGUUAUUGAUUGAUUUCGAAAAAACACCAUUUAAUAACCUAGACCUUUUUAGCUGAUUUUUAAACGCCAACCACCUAUUUAUACGUACAAUAUGCAUCAAGCCGCAGAGACUUUUGAUUAUUCUAAUUUUGGUUUCCUUUCUCCUUUCCUCCCAACAUUCCAUAUACCACGCGUCUCUCUCUCUCUCUCUCUCUCUCUCCCUCUCUCUCUCUCUCUCUCAUUGUACCUUCCUCUAGGUCGACCCACUGUAUAUUUACGGAUCAUUCCCCUCUCACUGGCCAUCAUCUGCACUGGAUCAACACAAUCUCCUUGCGUGCACGGACGCGCAUCUAAUAAAGAGAGAACACUCGAACAACGAUCUCGUAUACUCCAUGAAACCCAAAUAAAACGUGGACUGCUGCGCCGACCACGUGCUCCGUGCUGGCUCUCCCUCUUUCCGAUAUCGCAGACAGAGAAAACUAGCCAUGUGCGAGAGAGUCUCGUCGAAGGCAGAGUGCGCGCGAUACGCCGUUCACUCUUGUACACACUCGCUCACGCGCGGCUAAACUUAAACGUCGAACGCUGUGGACACAGUAGUUUUGUAGCCGCGCGCUGAGCAGCCGGUCGUCUCUUUGCUCGCGCGAGUGUGCCUUUCUCUCUGCGGCGGCGCAGAUACGUAUACUUGCACCUCUGUAUAAUAGAGACUCUGUGUGCGCGAGAACGCUGCAUUGGCCCUGACUUUGGCGACCCCGGAGCAUCGAUCGACCGGCGGGCGCGCGAGCGAACGAACCAGCCACCCCCUGAAGAGCUACCCCCCAGCUCUCUAGCCUUGAACGGAGACGCGGACCAGCUGUGCGCACGCUCAACAUGUCUUCCUCCAACAGCAUGCCUUCCAAAUUCAGGCGCAUCGUUAAAGAUGUCUCCUUCAAGGGGCUCGCCGUAGCGGCACUGGCUGAAAUGUUAGGAACUGCCACGUUACUCUUUUUAGGAUGUAUGGGUGGCAUUGCAGGAUUCACAGGCUCGAAUCCACCUCAUCUACAAAUCACGUUAAACUUCGGUUUAGCAGUUAUGAUAGUCAUCCAAUGUUUCGGUCAUAUCAGUGAGGCGCACGUGAACCCAGCGAUGACAGUUGGUGCUGUGGUGCUCGGAAAAAAAACCAUUCGAGUAGCCGCUGCGUACUUCGUUGCGCAAGUUAUUGGUUCCUUACUUGGUUUCAGCUUACUUAAGGUGAUAACUCCUCAAGCUAUUAGUUUUACUGCUGCAAAUGUUUCGGCCGACACAUUCUGCGUGACAACUCCACACAAGGAUCUUCACGUAAUUCAGGCCCUUCUGAUGGAGGGUGUUGCGACGGCUAUUCUGAUGCUGAUAGCCUGUGCAGUGUGGGACUCGCGAAACGCCAAAAACACUGACUCGGUGGCUAUUAAGUUCGGCUUGGGCGUCACUGCACUAGCCACCUCGGUCGGGCCAUACACCGGUUGCAGUAUGAACCCUGUGAGGUCGCUAGCCCCUGCAGUCUGGAAUAAUAACUACACAGAUCAUUGGAUCUACUGGUUCGGGCCGCUCGGAGGUGCUCUGCUUGCUUCGCUCGCCUACAAAGCGGUCUUCUCGCCAAAGGAAGACGAUGACGAUGAGACUACUAUCCCCGAGAACAUAGCUCUCAAUAGCAUUGACUCACACAAGCCCGAGCAUAUCUGAUUUUCGUUAAUCGGAACAAAACUAAAAACUGAUGGUGUUAAUCUACCAUUGCCUGAUGUAAAAACAAAUUGUCAACGAAAACUUCACGAUAAACAGAACUGGAAAGAUAAAGAAAAAGAAAAGGACUUACUGGAUAGCGCCCAAUCAAAAGGAUAUUCCCGGUGCGUUGAUGUGCCAAGUGUACUUCCAGCAGUACGCAACAAUUGAAAAAUAGGAUUACGUAUCGCUACGACAAGUCAAUUACGAGGGACUAGUUUAGACUGAUAAAUAAAUAAAAUACAAUCUAAUGUGUAUUUUUGUGGCACAGACAAAGUGAAAAUAUGGCAGUCUAUUUUGGAAAUCGUAUUGGAAUAUACACUUUUUUAUGAAAAAUAGUAGACUAUCUUUGAGAACCCCUGGUAGAAAGGACCCUAAGAACUGGCCAUUUAUUAGGUAGUUACUAGGUUAAAUCUUAAGAACUGGCCAGUUACUAACCUGUUCUUAGACUCAUUUCUACCAGGGGCGUAAUUUAAGAUUUAGCAUUCGCGGAGUAUAGAUAUUCCAUUAUCUAAAAUGUAUAUAACAAUUCAGGCUUUUAGUAAAAAUAUCAGAAACGUUUUCAGAUUAAGAGCAAAAAAGCAAAGAUUAUUUUCUUUUAUAAAAACUGCUAAUUUGAAUCAUUGAAAUAUUUACACGUUCAAAGUGCAAACUUAAUAUGUAUGCAACGAUAUUUAAUACAAAAUUACUUCUUCAAAACGUUUAGUCGAACUAGUAUAAUGUACGUAUCAAACACAUUUGCAUAAAUAUUUAUAAAAUACGCAUGUUUCCAUAAAUUAUGAGAGAUCCUAUGUACCUUAGAUAACAAAUAGCUAUGAAUCUAAUUUUGAAACAAUAUAAUUUAUAGUGUUUUAAGUUUUGAGUGAGUACCUUAUAUUUUAUAUAUAACAUAUAUUUAUUGUAAAAUUUUUGUGUGCAUAUGUUAUCCAAAUGAAAACAGAUUUAUUCCUGUUAUAUUUCGCAAUCUACAAUACGUAAACAUAUUCAUGCUUUUUUUGACGCCAUACUUCUUAACAUAUUUAUGCAUUCUUAAAACAAUAUAGUAAUCAAAAUUAAUGUUAAUUAGACAUUGUAAGAACCACAAUGAUGAAUACAAACUUAUAAGAAUGAAAAAUUAUGAACAAACAUGCAGAUAAGGUAGUAACUAGUAGGUAAAAUUAAGUUGUGUCCUUUUUUAUUAUUAUAUUGUUUGCUUUAUACUAUACGAUACCUAGCAAGCAGAUGAAAAUUAUGGUUAAAUAUUUUACACAAAAGACUUCUUCAAAAUAAGUUGCUUCCACAAAGGCAUUUAAAUUCCAGUGCUAUUUUCCUUCUGAUUAAUUGUGAAUAAGCAAACAUCAAAUGUAUGUAAAUAGUAUACUUCCUAGUAACAUUUUAUUAAUAAAAUCUUCUCUAUAAAAUAUACUCAAUAGUAAAAAAUACUAGAAAUAACACAAUUAUAAUAUGUUCAAUUGAGCAAUCAGUUGUUAAAAUGACAUAAUAUUAAAAAGCAAUAAUAAUAUUGUAAUUUCUAGAUGUACUAUUUAUUUUUACAAAUUGUUACGUAAAAUUGCGCCUGGGACAUACGAACCGAUCUACUUUGCUCUCCUCUAGUGUUUUGCACUAUCUAGUACAAUUUGAAGUCAUAACAUCGUAAUGUUCAUUGAUGUACACAUUACAAUCGUAUGGUUCAAUAUGUGAACGAGUGGUUUCUGCAUUUAAGCGCGACAAACAUAUCGCAGUCGAGUUUCGAGAUAAAAUGCUAUUUUCAUGUACUUCUUGUAAAAUUCCAUUGUAAAUAGAAGUGUGUGUGUGUGUGUGAAAUUGUACAUGAAACAAACAUUUAUUUUGAUAAACUUUUUAUGGCGCUACAAAUACUUGAAUAAAAGAAAUGGAAUGCAUAGAA